GCGCCUCCCCCCCGCCUUUCCCGCUCGGCCCGGAUUGGAUUGGCGCGCAUCCCGGCAACCUGCAGACGGGCCACAGACAGAUGGCGAGGAACGGAGACGUGUUCCUAUCCUGGUUAGCAGCCGGUGCAGCAGGGGCGACAACGGCGUCUCGGUAGCAGGGAUCUUCGCCGCUGUGCACUAGGUAGGUGGUGGAGUUGUGCCUGUAUGUGUGCGUGUUUGGUUGCAGCCCUCCGAUGUACUAGAUCUAGAGUUGUUCGGUACGCAGACGCAGACGCAGACGUAACGCACACGCAACGCACACGCAACGCAGGAACAGCCCGAUCGGAUCCUCAAGUAGCGUCAACGCCCUCUUUGCUUUCGCUUUCGCCAAACGGACAGACCGUUUACACCGACCAAACCGAUCACACCGAUCACACCGAUCACACCCCCCCACACCCCUCACACCGACUCCGCGAUGGUGGACGCAGACAUGAUGGAGACAGACACCAUGGACAUGUCGAUCACGCCGACCACGUCGUACCCAGACAUGGACGUCGGCGAGGACGUGUACAGCACGGCCAGCGCCGCCGGCAAGGCCAUCCAGCCGCCACCACACCUGCACGCCAGAAACAGGAACGACUCGCUCAUCAGCAUCGACACAACCUACACCGUGCGCACCAACGUCGAGCAGACACACUUCCCGCCCACAGCGGGCCAGCCCCACCUGGGUUUUGGCAGAAACAGACAGGGCUCCACCACGUCGCUGUCCUCGUCCGUCUUCUCCGAGAUGCCGCCGCCGCAGAUGGACACCUACUCGUUCACCCCGGUUUUCGACGACGAGCUCUACUCGUACUACCUCUCGUACGCCCAGCAGCCGAACAUCACACCCUUCGACACGCGGUUCCCGCCCUCGGGGAUCUUGUCCCUCAUCUCCAAGCUCUUUCUGGAACACUGCAUCCUUGCCAACAAGGUCCAGAUCGACUCCCGCCCAGACGUGAACGCAGAGUUGGUUGCAGACUCCAACAGACACAAGUGUCUCGCCAUCAUCCGUCUCCGCUUGAUCCACAUCUGCAACGCCAACCUCAACGCCGCCGAGGACCAGUACAUGUACACGGACCAGUUGCCCAUCUCCAGGACGAACUCGAUAGCUUCCGCCAUCUCUCUGGGCGACAGAGUCAUCCCGGGCAUAUCAGCCGCCCCGGGCGGCGGGCCCGCCACAGGUGAGGUAUUCCCGCAGCAGAUCCCGCUGCCAAUGGCCCACCGACCUUCCUGGCUCCACAUGCCAAACUUGUACUCCACCUCCUCCCGAGGCGAUAGCAAUACGGCCAACCACAUGCUGUCCUCCACAGAUUCCCUCGUGGACCGUGUGCCCGCCUCUCUCAGCUUCACCCCAGGCACAAACACUAAUACUAUUCCGACCGCUAACCCUCUCAACGAGAACGCAGACUACACGACCCCUACCGGCUCGACGCUUCUGCAAGGCUUCCACAACGACAGCAACGGAAGCGGCAACGCCGACUUCGCACAGACAACCCCUCCAAAUACAGGCGUGUCCUCGAAGAGGGGCAAGCCAACCCUCAAUCUCCACAUGCCGUCCUUCCUGAAGUACCGCUCUUCGCAAUACCACAACAUGAACGCCAUGCCCCCAAGACCUCUCUUCUCUACGGGCCCUGCAACCCCGGGAACUCCAGGCACUCCGAACACACCCAUCGGCUCCACCUCCUCCACCCAGAGGAACCCGCGUGGUGUCAGGUCAGGAUCUCUCUCAAACCAAGGCGCCAACUACUUCAACCUUACCCCGACAAACGGCUCCAAUUCUGCCAAGAACUUCCUCAACCCGGCUCUCCAUCACUUGCAAGGCCCCAAUGGAGGGAACUUCGGCUCCUCGAGCGACCUACAUUCCCCGUUCGAACAAGCCUGUCCGUCACCAUUGGCCUUCUCUGCCCCACCGGGUGGCGUUCUCUCGGGCAGCAACGAAGUCUCUACCCCGACUAUGACAACGACUCCAUUGGUGUCGUCCGUCUCCACACCAACAACGGCUGCAGCAUCAGUACCCAACCCUUCUACACUGGAUCUGUACAAUGCCACCGUUGCCCGCAAGAGAGACAGCUUGAAUCUGAAGCGAGGCCUGAACUAGGCCUCUUUCUCGUAUAUACCACAUAUCUAUCCACGUUCUUCUGUACUGUUCACAUACCUGUAAUGCCUAACCUCGAACCCGCC